ACUGCGGACAGUACAGGGAUGACCAGAGACUGCGGACACAGUACAGGGAUGACCAGAGACUGCGGACACAGUACAGGGAUGACCAGAGACUGCAGACAGUACAGGGAUGACCAGAGACUGCAGACACAGUACAGGGAUGACCAGAGACUGCAGACAACAGUACAGGGAUGACCAGAGACUGCGGACACAGUACAGGGAUGACCAGAGACUGCAGACACAGUACAGGGAUGACCAGAGACUGCGGACACAGUACAGGGAUGACCAGAGACUGCGGACACAGUACAGGGAUGACCAGAGACUGCGGACAGUACAGGAGAUGACCAGAGACUGCGGACAGCACAGGGAUGACCAGAGACUGCGGACAGUACAG